AUGGCUGGAUGGGUCAGACGAGGACGACAUGGAGGGCUGACUGCACGUCGAGGCUGGAUACGAUGGCAGUGGGCAAUGCGGAGAGCGUCGGGGAUCGGGAGGGAGCAAAGGGCGGCUAUCUCAUUGGGCAUACUAGUCAUAUCGGACGCUGACGGUUUCUGCCGCAUCGUACCACAUUUUCAGGGCAAGAAUUCACGCCAACAAGAGGAAGGGAAUCUCCUCCAGCGCGCUUCCUUACAAGCGUGCACCUCCUUCCUGGCUCAAGACCGCCCCGGAAGAGGUCAUUCAGCAGAUCAUCAAGCUCGCUCGUCGAGGCUUCACUCCCUCUCAGAUUGGUGUGCAGUUGCGUGACUCGCAGGGUAUCGCUCAGGUCCGCUUCGUCACCGGAAACAAGAUCCUGCGUAUCCUCAAGUCUGAGGGCCUCGCCCCCUCCAUUCCCGAGGAUCUCUACUUCCUCAUUGUGAGUGCUUCAUUCGAACAGCUAUGCCGUCGUGUAUGACCAGGAACGUAUAGGAAGCAGAAACGCUCUUCUGUGAAGAUGUUGUAGAGAUGAGGAUGGGUAGCGAUUAUCCCUGUGCUAAGGAGGUGCUGAGCGCUGUAUGCUGGCGAUUACAGCACCAUCCGACGCCACUGGCAAGUGUGCAGUAGAGGUUCCGCUUGAACAGCAUCUUGACUUCAGCACCACCAAUCCACACGGAUUGGCUUCACCAACAGCAUAGAACAGGCAUUGGCUAACUGCCUCCGUUUGGCUUCUUUCACCACAGAAAAAGGCGGUAUCUAUCAGGAACCACCUCGAGACCAACCGCAAGGACAUGGACUCCAAGUUUCGUCUCAUUUUGAUCGAGGUGAGUCAAGCAGUGCUGCCCAGAGCUUUGUCAUUCUUCAUGCCAUAGCUGAUCGCCCUGCGCAUGCUUUGCACCUCAGUCCCGUAUCCACCGUCUCGCGCGCUACUACCGAACUGUUGGCAAGCUGGCCCCUACUGUGAGUACUACUUCACAUGCGCCGCACUUGUCCGCUUGAUACUUACGCUCGCACCAAUCUUCACCCUUUGAUUUUGCAGUUCAAGUACGAGGCCUCGACUGCCAGCACUCUCGUUGCUGGUUAA